AGUACAAGGUGCUGACACUCUUGAAGUGUUAUUUUAACACAUUGCGAUUCAAAUGAUGUUCAGUGUUGGAGUUAUUUUGGCCAAGUGAAGUUCAUUUGACACUAUAGAGAGUCAAGGCCCCUGGGCUUUUGCCUCGGAAACCCUGUGCAAGAAAGUGCAACGUGGUAAUUUUCCAUGAGCUGCGGCAAUUUCAUCAGUGCUGGAAAAAGUUCUUCACAAGCGGUCAAUUGGUGUUGCUCUUCAGCUUCAGAGGGUCUCAGCUGGUAAACCCUAAGUGAAGGAGUAAAAUGCUGGUGCAGGUUUGCUACCGCCAACAGCAGAAAUAUGUAAAGCUGGAUGAAGUUGAUGGACAGUUUGAUUUCAUGCAACUGCAUGAAAAAGAGUUUACUGAUUGCUCCUUGUCCUCUCCAUCUGAAUGGUCUGACUCAAGCUUCAGUUCAAGUGCAAGUGCAUCAACUGUACUUCUAGAUGAGAUCCCAAGGAAAAAAUCAAGAGUUGAAGGAACAAUCAAUGCAGUUUCUGCAAAAAAGUUGAUCGAAGCUGUACUUGGAGCCAGUUCAGGUGGUGAAGAGGUCCUUGAAGAAUAUCACGCAUCACAGACUCUUAAAGAUUCUACCAGAAGAAAGCUGGUCAAUAUAAUAGUGGCCCACAUGAUUGAUAAACAUGGACAUCUCCCCACUAAAGCUGUUAGAGAAGAAUAUGCUCUUGGGAUAGUGACACUUUUUCCAUCCCUGAAAGACCCAUACUCCGAGAAAGGCUACGAACACUUCUAUGAUGCUGCAAGCAGUACAGGAUACAUUUCUUGGCGUCUUAAGACCAUCCAGAGAAAGAUUCGACGAGAAUCUACCACUUCAAAUAGCCUCACUGGCCUUUCUCAAGGAGGAGGGGGCCCUAAAUUCCAGAGAUCUGUUGUAGUUGAGGAGCAGCAGCUGGAUGGAGAUGCUUGUCAGGAGGCAAUGUCUUUGCUCAAUUAUGCCACAGACACUACGCAAAUUUUUCGAAAGAUGAGAGAGACGUUUCAGCAUCGGCAAAAACUCAUCAAUGACUCAGACAAAAUGCUUGACAUCCUGUCAAUCUUCCCAAGAUUCCUGGAUACCAAAGGAUAG